CUCAAUAACGGUUCUGGAGAAUUGUAGAAAACAAGCCCACAUUGAAGACACGACCCAACAUCGAUGUGAAAUCCACAGACAAAUAAUUUCUAACAAUCAAUCUUUCAUUUUAGAGGUAAAACACUAAUCCACAACCAUUGGGAGCCCGAAUGGCGUCCAUUUCAACUAUCAUACGAUGGGCUCGCUGUUCAGUCAAUCGGUGUGCGCAAGCCAAAUGGCGUAGUGCAUGAGCAAUCGAGAGGAAGUGGCGGCUGAUCUGGGUCCGCACCUUUUCCUGUAACACAGUACCGCCACCGCUGUGACUGAAAGGGCUGGGGAAGAGAGAGAGAGGAAAGAGCGGGGAGAAUCAACCAGGGGAUCGGGGGGUUGCCGCAGUUGCAGCGAAAGGAACGAGAGGAACAGCGGAGAGUCUGAUGAAUCAAUGACCUUUUGAGCGGUCUAUAGUUCUGACUGUCCCGGUGCAGAUGGGCUACGAGCAGGAGUGAUCUAAUUUUGUCGCUGAAACGAUGAACUCCCGAAGCCUAUCGUUCUUUUAAAUCUAACGACUGGAAAUAAAAGGGCAAGUGGACACCCGGCAGACAAGGAGGAAGUCGGAACUACCACGGGCUUCUGAGAGGGCCUAAUUUAAAAUCGCAACUAUAACAAUUGUGUUAUAAUUUCUACAUGACUGAAAAUAACAAGGUACGGUUUUUUCUAAAGAAGUUAAUAUUUAUGCACAGACAGCAUAAUGGGGAAGAUGCUCUCAAAGAUCUUUGGCAACAAAGAAAUGAGAAUAUUAAUGCUUGGACUCGAUGCAGCUGGCAAGACCACCAUUCUAUACAAACUUAAGCUGGGACAGUCAGUUACAACCAUCCCCACAGUUGGUUUCAACGUUGAGACAGUCACAUACAAGAAUGUAAAGUUCAACGUAUGGGAUGUGGGGGGACAGGACAAGAUCCGCCCUCUGUGGAGGCACUACUACACAGGAACCCAGGGCCUUAUUUUCGUGGUAGACUGCGCCGAUAGAGACCGGAUAGACGAGGCAAGACAGGAGCUCCACCGAAUAAUCAAUGACCGGGAGAUGAGAGAUGCCAUCAUCUUAAUCUUUGCCAACAAACAAGACCUCCCCGACGCAAUGAAACCACAUGAGAUCCAGGAGAAGCUGGGUCUAACACGGAUCAGAGAUAGGAAUUGGUACGUUCAGCCUUCAUGUGCUACGACAGGCGAUGGACUAUAUGAGGGCUUGACCUGGCUAACCUCAAAUUACAAAUCAUAAUGUCCCUCGCUGACCAGUCUGGACUGAUAGGCUACAUGCAAAAAGAAAAAGUGAGAAUGAGUAAAGAAAAGAAAAAAACAACAACAAAAAAACAUGCUGGGGCAAUUAAUGAAUAACAUAACUUCUCUGAUAAAUAUAUAUAUCAAAGUGAAGUUUGAAUAUGUCCAACCUUUUUCUUUUGAUAAUGAUGACUUCCCUAUAACCCAAAUUUUCUUCAAACAAAAAGACGUUUGUUUUGGCUUGCUUUAUUUUUAGUUGGCUUGGGCUCUGUAGUAAUUCAUUUACUUUCCAUCUAUUAAUCAGUAUUGACUGAAUAUUACUUUGAGAAGCUCUGCAUCCUAUUUCUUCUCCUUAAUAUGCGUUUCUGUUGGGUAAUGUGGGCAAAUGCGUGCUUUUACGUUUUCACAUUCAUAGACUUUGCCCAACAAUCAGUUUUUCAUACAGUAUUCUCAUGACCCAAUUUUCAGCCCAAAGGGUGGGAAGGCAAAUGACCUUUAAGGACCAAGGCCAUCAGCAUAUCAGUUUUCAUGGUUCAAAAUGCCCUUGUGGUUUUAAAGAAUGUGUGUUAUGGACAUGUUAGGACCUCUUGAAGAAGUACUGUUUUCACUGUUGAUUGUACAUGAUUGUUGCUAUGAUCGAGAAAAUAUGGUAGUACUUAUUUCCAGUCUACAGUGAUUCCAUCCAUAAUGCCUACCAAUGGGGGUUCCUUGGACAGGACAUUACGUGGAUGCUGGACAUACGGACACUGUGACAUGGAUAUCUUAAUUUUUUUGUCUUUGUAAAAAUCUGUCACCACUGAUCUCGUUGCCUCUAUCUUUUUCCAAGAGCUUCCAUUACAAUUGAGUAUUCGUAGUGUCAGCUGACUUGGGAAAGGCCCAUGUUACGGGUGCCCUGACAGUCUAGACAGACACAUGGCAGAAAGUAUCCUCACCACCAAGUCUGAAUUGUGGAAGAGGGACUAGGUGGUGGGGAACAUAGGACACCUUGAAUUAAGUGCAUACUUGACUCUUCCUAACUGACCUUUGGACCCCAGCAAGUGUUUACUACAACGCCAACCCACACCACUUUUAUGGUGCUCGCUUAGUCCACACACAUUGGCUUUACAGAUCAUGUCAUGCAGUCAGACAGACUUACUUUCUGUCCAUAAGUUAUAGAUAAAAUGCUUUGUUUUUAUUUUUGUUUUAUUUGCUAUGCUGAUGAAAUAAUAAAAAAAGAUAUAUCCAAAUUAA